CACCGAUCCCGAGAGCCACGCCCGGCGGCUGCACGAUCACGACCGGCCGGCCCAAGAGCUGGCAUCGAGCUGACCGAGGCCACUCUGGGGCGCGCCACUGCUCGCAUGACGGUUCGAGACGGCAUGCUCAACAGCGCGGGGAAAUGCCACGGAGGCGUGAUCUUCACCCUGGCCGACACGGCCUUCCAGUGCGCCUGCAACAGCCACGGCCGUCUCACCGUGUCGUCGGGCGCCUCCAUCCAGUACGUCCGGCCCGCGUCGGCAGGGGACGAACUGAUCGCCGUGUGCGUGGAGCGCUACCGCAACCGUUCAGGCGGCGGCUACGACGUGACCGUCACACCGAGCGAGCGCGGAGGCCGACCGGGGCGCGCCGCAUUUGGUGGCCCUCUUCAGAGGCCAAGCACACGAACUACGACCCGCGGCCGGCUAAGAGGCCGAGCGGGUAGGCCGCGAAUGGUGGUCGCAGGACGACGUCGACAGCGAGGCCGUGGCCCGAGCGGCCCGUGA